UCGAAGCAAAACAUCGAUAUUUUCGAUGCAUCGAUGUUUUUCCGACAUUCCUAAAAGAACGAGCAUCUCCAAGUUAACAGCUGUGUCAUAAUUAUUUGUGUGUAAACAGAAAGAAAUAAGUGUUUCCGUUAAGUAUUAGAGGUUUAUUACAAUACCAUGGAUCCGGCUCUACUUAGGGAACGCGAAGCGUUCAAGAAAAGGGCUAUGGCCACUCCCACCGUGGAGAAAAAGCCAAAGACUGAGGCACCGCCACCGCCUGCUAAAGAUGAUGCUAAAAAGAAAAUGCGUCCUCCGAGCGCUCCUAAAUUGGAUGCCAGCACGUAUAAGACUAUGUCUGGAAGUUCGCAAUAUCGGUUUGGUGUGCUAGCGAAGAUUGUAAAACAUAUGCGUACUCGGCAUCAAGAUGGCGAUGACCAUCCUUUGACCAUUGAGGAAAUUUUGGAUGAAACUAAUCAACUGGACAUUGGACAAUCUGUUAAAAAUUGGCUAGCCUCCGAAGCCCUCACAAAUAACCCAAAAAUUGAGGCAACACCGGAUGGGCAUCGCUUCAGCUUCAAACCGGUAUAUAAAAUUAAGGAUGGCAAAAAUUUAUUGCGCCUACUCAAGCAGCACGAUUUGAAGGGUUUAGGAGGGGUAUUGCUGGAUGAUGUACAGGAAUCAUUGCCCCACUGUGAAAAAGUACUCAAAAAUCGUGCUUCUGAAAUCAUAUUCAUAGUUCGGCCGAUCGAUAAGAAAAAGAUAUUAUUUUACAAUGAUAGGACAGCAAAUUUUAUGGUUGAUGAGGAAUUUCAAAAGUUGUGGCGCUCAGCCACAGUGGAUGCCAUGGAUGAUGCCAAAAUUGAUGAAUAUCUUGAAAAACAAGGUAUCCGUUCCAUGCAAGAUCAUGGACCAAAGAAACCAGUACCAAAGCGUAAGAAGGCUGUAAGCAAGAAGCGACAGUUUAAGAAACCCAGAGAUAACGAACAUUUAGCUGAUGUUUUGGAAACGUAUGAGGACAACACUUUAACUCAGAAAGGUUCUAAUCCAACAUAAAUAGUUUUAAAUUUUUUUAUAAAAACAAUUUGACUAAAAUAAUCUGAUAUCGAUAUUAACUCAGAAAGGUGUUAAUCCAACAUAAAUAGUUUUAAAUUUUUUUAUAACAAUUUGACUAAAAUAAUUUGGUAUCGAUAUUAUAACAAGUUUGUACAUUUCUGGCCUUUGGAAAAAGCUUCACCAAUGGGUACUAAUUAGUUAAAAUAUUAUUU